AUGGUUACAUGUUUACAGCAUGAGAACUUCAGGAAACAACAAACUGAGAAUAUACAGGACCAAGAAAUUAGUUCCAAGGUGUAUUUCCUGAAGCAGUCAGUCAGUAACUCCUGUGGGACAAUUGGUCUGAUACAUGCAGUUGCUAAUAAUAGAGACAAACUGAAGCUUGAUGAGGGGUCUGCCCUGAAGAAGUUUCUUGAAGAAACAGCUGAUAUGACUCCUGAUGAGAGAGCUAAGCAUUUUGCAAAUAAUAAGGCUAUACAAGAAGUCCACAAUUCGGUUGCACAAGAAGGACAAUGUCGGGUUGAGGACAACAGUAUGAACUUCCACUUCAUCCUGUUUGUCAAUGUGGAUGGACAUCUGUAUGAAUUGGAUGGGCUUAUGCCAUUUCCUGUAAACCACGGCAAAAGCUCAGAUGACUUGCUAUUGAAGGCUUCUGCUAAGAUUUGCAGACAAUUUACAGAACGUGAAAAGGGAGAAGUUCGUUUUUCUGCUGUGGCUUUCUGCAAGUCAGCCUGAGGCUCUGAAGAGAUGCAAGGAAAGCAGUCUAAUAGCACACCAGUAAAUGCAGUCUAAACUCCAGUGCUUCAGUACUUGUUAAACACAGCUGUUCUGGUAAUUUAAAUUGUUUCCACCUUUUGCUAUACACAGGAGCAACAUCAGCUGAGCUUAUGCUAAAGGAUGAGCUCAAGUUUUAAUGUGAACAGUUUGGACACAUCAGAUGUCUUUAGACUCUUUUUUCACAUGUUAAGUAGAAAAUGCUUAACAGGGCUUGUUUAAUCUGUAUCAUGUUAAUUGAGCUGUUGGUUGAUAUUUCCUUGUCUUUAAUGAGAAUAAAAUGUUCUGCUGGAAGACUAAA